GGUAAUAUAAGGAGAGAGCUAGAGAAGAGCUAGAAUAUUAUCGGCUGUUGAUAUACCGGGGAGGCUUGAGUUUGUCGAAGAGUACAUACCGACGCACUGGCUCUUGAUAAGUGUUCGCGAAACUUGGUUAGGACGAUAGCAUUGUCUUUAGCGGGCUCUGACAAACGCCAAGACCCCCGAGAAAACAGAUAUCAACUCAAAAGGGAACAUGUUUGAUACGUAAGAUACGUAAGAUAAGUGAUAAACAUAUAUGGUAUCAUGGGAAUUCAACAAGACUCCUUAAUACUGUACUGUAUAUGGAGGAAUCCAAGUGUGUAUUGUGUAUGAUAAUUUGAUAAUAAUUAGAUCUCAACCGAAAGAACUAAGGGUUACCCCACUCCACAUAGCACGAUUCCCGAUCCCCCCGCAUCCACACAACAAUAGUGACUGGUGACAUCGGUGUGGCGUAGAUGACCGAGGAACAGAAAGAGCCAGUAUCAACGGGAACAACCUCAGUUGCGUGAUUGCGUAUCCAAGACGUCCAAAUAGGGGACGAUUAGUUCGAGCUGUCUCUGAGACCCCUUACUUUUCCGUAUUAUCGAGUCGAGACGUGCUACCAUGGAGUUACCGCCUACCAUGAAUGCGGUCGUGUUCGAUGGCCCAUACAAGGUAUCGAUUCAGCAAAGACCAGUGCCCAAGAUACAACAUGAUGAGGAUAUUAUAGUAAAGGUUAAUGCAACAGCUCUCUGUGGAUCUGAACUUCAUACCUUCCGAGGCCACCAGCCCUCUAAAGCCGGCUUUAUUAUGGGCCACGAAUUUGCCGGCACGGUAGUUGCUGUAGGAAAAGAUGUUCAAUCUGUCAAGAUUGGUGAUAAAGUUGUGUCGCCGUUCACGGUAUCCUGCAUGAAAUGCUUCUACUGCAAGAAUGGAUAUUCGUCUCGAUGUGAUCAUAGCUUGUUGUUUGGCUGUGAGAAGCUCGAUGGUGCCCAAGCCGACUAUGUACGCGUACCCCUUGCAGACGGCACGGUUAUGAAGGCGCCGCCUGAGAUUGACGACAAUGCCCUGGUUCUCAUGGCGGAUAUCUUUCCCACAGGUUUCUUUGGCGCUAGAAACGCCUUCAACGCGCUCGGCUCGCUGGACCCUUCCGAAGCCACAGUCGUCGUCAUCGGCUGCGGGCCGGUAGGGCUGUGCGCAAUAGUUUCGGCACUUGAGUAUAAGCCGAAACAUUUAUUCGCUAUUGACAGUAUUGAUAGCCGCCUCCAACUUGCAGAAAGUCUAGGAGCCGAGCCCCUCAACUUCGCGAGGGACAGGGAGCCCAUGAUCGCUCGAAUCAAGGAAGUUACAGACGGCCGAGGGGCUGAUGCGGUUAUUGAAGUGGUCGGUCUAAGCCCCGCCCUAAAGACAGCAUUCGACGUCCUACGGCCUUUUGGCUUCAUAAGCAGCAUUGGCGUCCAUAAUGCCGAGGUCCCAUUCAGUGGCACUGAAGGGUACAACAAAAAUGUGAGGUUACAGAUGGGAAGAUGUCCUGUUCGCUCGAUAUUUUCCGAUGCGUUGAAGGUCCUCGCUAAGAACCAGCAUCGGUUUGGAUUUAUGUUCGAGAAAAUCAUGCCGCUCUCUAUGGCUGUAUCGGGAUAUGAUCUGUUUGACAAGAUGCAGGUGCAAAAGGUCAUUUUCAAGCCAUAGCUUGAUGAUACCUGGGUACCUAGGACCUGGACUCUCUUAUCGAGUGAGAUGGAACCGUCAAGUCGUAGGUCUAGUUCUGCCGAGGUUUAACGAUGCCGUCAUGCAUGAAAUAGUAAACAAUAGUAGAAUCGUCGUGCAUCGUAGCGAGCAGUACUCUCUUGACGCGAUCUGCAUUUGCUGAAGGUUGUGGCGGCAUAGAAUCGAAAACACUUGCAAACGCCUUGAGUGUCCAUUUCUCGGCUAGAUGGGUUGGUAAUACCCAUUCAACGACGGGCUUCCCUGGAAUUCGCCCUGCCAAAUCCGGGUUGGAUUUCAGCAUCUCAAUCUGGUCAUCUGGGUGUAGGUAAAGUUGACGAGGUGGGAGUCCGGAGACCAUAGGCCUCGGCAGAGGUGAGUUGUCCACCGGAGAAUGAGUCAAGAUUUGUAGUUCGGUCCAAUCAUGUUGAUACCGAAGAUUGUCAAGCACAGAGGCUGCAAGGUGUUCAAAGUAACUUUUCUCAGCCAUCUCCCUUCACUCCCUUAAUGAUGUAAAGAAUAAGUCUUGAAGUUGUAUGAAAAUCUUUUAAGUCAAAAGCGAGGACCUUUUUGGCAAGAAUGAGUGA